UGUGUGAGUGUGUAUUGUGGUGGUCCAGUGACUUACAGCACACGCAAAUGCUGAAGUCAAAACCAUCGUAUGCGUAUCUGCACACGAGUCUUCAGAUGUGCUCUUCUCCGUCUGCAUGUGCUGUUGUCUAGUUGAGUGGUCUGGAAGGGAAGGUCCUUGUUCACUAGUGGGUCACCGCUGGAUAUUUCUGCGUUUGCUCUGGACCUGCAGGUAAAGCAGUGGAGGCAGGCAGUGAAACGAGCUAAACAUCCACGUGUUCAGAUGAGCGGCACACGGUUAGCUCUUCUCUGUCUGAUGGGCCCCCUGCUGGUUCGGGGUCAGAAUGACACGGAGCCCAUCGUGCUGGAAGGGAAGUGUUUAGUCGUUUGUGACUCCACACCGACCACAGAACCCGCUGGGAAUGCUUUGGGAAUGUCGGUGCGCUCCGGAAACGGCCGCAUCGCCUUCUCGGCUGUGAGGAACAACAACCACGAACCGUCUGAGAUGAGCAACCGCACCAUGACCAUAUACUUCGACCAGGUUCUGGUGAACGUUGGGAGUCAUUUCGAUCCGGCACGGAGCGUUUUCGUGGCUCCUAGAAAAGGAGUGUAUAGCUUCAGUUUCAAUGUGGUGAAAGUUUACAACAGACAAACUAUACAGGUGAGCCUGGUGUUGAACGGCUGGCCGGUGAUCUCAGCGUUCGCCGGUGAUCAGGAUGUGACGCGGGAGGCAGCGACCAACGCCGGGCUGGUUAUGAUGGAGAGAGGAGACAAGGCCUACCUCAAACUGGAGAGAGGAAACCUGAUGGGCGGCUGGAAAUACUCCACCUUCUCCGGCUUCCUGGUCUUUCCCUCUUAGAAGGAAGUCCACACAGAAAACUGAUAAGAAGCACACGUUCAGCAGAAGGACAUGUUCACAAGUUCAUAAGUGUUCAGACAAGGACGCUUCUUCUGUUCUUGUACUUACACACCCUGCCGGGCUUCUUUUCUAUAUGCAUGAACCUGCUUGAUGCACGUUAUAUGGCACUAUCCACUAACAAGAUACAUAAUGGAGUGUAAAAAUAUUCCCUUUUGACAGAUAAUCAGUGAAGAGUGUUAAACCAGAAGAUUGUGGUGAUCAUCAUCAACCUCAGGACGUCAAACUAAAUAUUAUAUAAUAUGUUGCGCAAUCUUUUCAUUUUGAAUUUGAAACUUUGCAAUUCUGUAACUUGCAUUUGGGACAUUUUUGGUAUUUUCAAUUAAAAUUAAAUAAAGAUUAAGGCACACACACACUAGUUAAAAUCCAGAGGAAAAAAAAAUAAA